AUGGAUGACCCAAAAAAGAGAAAUGCAAUAUGGCUAUCAGUCCCACAAUUCGGGGACUGGGAUCAAAAGGCUACGUUGCCUGACUACUCGAUGGAUUUCUCAAAAAUCAGACAAACAAGAAUGCAAAACAAGGAUAUUUCAAGAGCCAGUCUUGGAAAUGAGAAAGAGCUAACCCCUUCGACCACGAAAAAUUCAAAUGCAGCCCGCAAUGAUAAUUCCCGCGAUUAUCACAACUAUCAUAAAAAUCAUUCUCCAACAGGAAGGAGGAGUAUCUUCAGCUACUUCAAUUGUUGUGUGAAGGCCUGA